CUCCACCACUCUGUCCAGAGAGUAUGCAAAAUCUUCCAGUGAUUUUACUGGGAUGUUUCACUUGCAGAUUGUCUAGGAAUAAAACUGUAGUUGUAAAGAAGACGAGUAGCAGAUCUCAUCAACUGUUGCCGUUCUCCAUCUAAAUCAUCGGAAGAAAGAAAAGAAAUGCCAAGAUCUUUCCUGGUAAAGAAAAAGCGGGGUGCAUGUGGAGCAUGGCAAUGGAAGGAACCAGAGCUGCAUCAAUGGCAAGAGGACAACACUGCAGUGAGGGAAAAUGUUGUGGAAAAAGGGAUCCUCAGUCAUGACAUCCAGCAGCUUCCCUCAGCAAAUCAGCCGGAACAGACUUCAGGAAGCGGAACAACAGUGGGAGUCAUUCUCCCAGUGUCUUCAGUGCUCCAAGGGUCAGAACCAAGAAGCUGGUCAAAAACAGGCCCCUUCGCUUUUCCAACGACUUUGGCCUCCAUGAACAGAGCAAAGACUCGCCCUCGCAGUACACCUGUUUCCGGGGAUUUUGCAUGCUCGCUGUGCCACAAAAUCUUUCCCCUGCAGCGCAUGCUAACACGCCACCUCAAAUGCCACAGUCUGGUGAAGAGGCAUCCCUGUCGAUUCUGUGGCAAAGGAUUCAAUGACACUUUUGACCUCAAGAGGCACAUGCGAACACAUACAGGUAUCCGACCGUACAAAUGUGAGCUGUGUGAGAAAGCUUUUACCCAACGUUGCUCUUUGGAGUCCCAUAUGAGAAAGAUUCAUGGUGUUCACCAGCACUACGCUUAUCGGCAGAGAAGGUCCAAGAUCUUUGUGUGUGAGGACUGUGGAUUUACCUCAAGUCGCCCUGAUGAGUACUUCCUUCAUGUGAGGCAACAUCAUCCAACAAGCCCUGCGCUCCGUCGCUACUAUCGACGCCAUGCGCAUGAGAACGGCCCUCUUCCAUCAGCAAACCCUAAACUCAACCCUUAUGUGUUGUACUCAGCUCCAGCAUACUUCAUGUAGAGCUCAUUCUGCUAACCUUUAUUUAUAAGAGAUGUUUCAGUCAGAAACAAUGCUGCUUUGAGCUCAUUUAUUCGUUGUGUAACAUUUAGUUUCUGUACUUCCUGUAAUAAUGCUAAACCUUCUGCUAAGUUAAUGUCGUUAAAUAUCCAGUCUUUGUAACCU